AUGCUCCGGCUCAUGACUUCCUCCCUCUUCCUCCUAUCCUCACUCCUCAUCUCUCUCACCCAGGCACAAUGCAACUCGACUCGCACCGCCAGCACAACCUCACCAACCCCCAGCAGCCUCACAAUCGACGUGCAAGUCGGCCUAAACGGACUCACCUUCUCGCCGCCGAUCCUCACAGCCGCGCAGGGCUCGACAAUCAACUUCCAUUUUGACCCGCGGAAUCACUCCGUCGCCGAAUCGCGCUUUGCAUCUCCCUGCCAGUACGUCGACGGCGGGAUAUGGUCUGGCUAUGUCCCGACGAGCCGCGGUGUAGCUCCCAAUAUCUUCAGCAUCACCCUCAACGACUCCAAUGCCCACUGGCUCUACUGCUCGCAAGGCAGUCAUUGUCAGGCCGGCAUGGUCAUGGUUAUUAACCCUCCUGCCAAUUCUCCAGAUACCCUUCGAGCGUAUACUUUGGCGGCUCAUAACACGACGCAGAGCACGGAUGGGAACGUCGUUAGUGGUGGGGUGAUUGUGGGUAAUUCUUCUUCGUCGUCGUCGUCGUCGUCCACAGCGAGUACUUCGUCUGCUUCCUCGUCGACAGCUUCUUCGUUGUCUUCGUCGUCGUCUUCUACUGGGGCUACGUCGACGAGCACGAGCUUGGCUGUUGGCAAUGCUCCUAGUGGAUGGUUGGGUGUGGCUGUUCUGGGCGUGAUGUGGGUGGUCUCCAGGUUGUGA